UCACCUGGCACGUAAAGCUAUGGAUUAUUGUUUAAACUAUUUCGAACUUACGUCGGUUAUGUUCCACGUCGGUUAUGUUCUUCAUUAAAAAAUCAACAACGAUAAAGAUUUGCAAAACACAGAUGACCGUCGACAAACAGCUCUAUCAAGUGUUGCAGGCAGUGCAAACUCAUCUCGACUCUAAUCUGCGUUCGAUUGAGACUUCCUGUGUGGCAGAACUGAGAGCAGGCGAGCGCGCAAUCAGCACUGCCUACAGACUAGUUUACGGUAACACUCUCGAAAAUCGCCGCCUGUACCGACAAAAGUGCUCGUUUGGACUUAAUCGGGAAUGAAACGCUUUAUUCUAACUAUAAUGUUGUUGGAUAGACGUUGAGUGCGAGAACUAAACCGCAAAGAGAUCCUCGGUGCGGGUCAAGCACAUCUCACCCGACCAACUGAAAAAGGAGGAGAGGCCAAAAAAGACAACUGCAACUGGAGGAGGAAAAGUGUCUACAAUCCUCACGGAUUGCCACAACGUCGAAGAUUAUCGUGACAUGAUGGCCACGGAGGAACUCUACGAGGUGGAGAGAGUAGUUGGCAAGCGUAAGAACAAAAAGGGCAAGACUGAGUACCUGGUCCGUUGGAGAGGCUAUGGCUUUGAGGGAGACACCUGGGAGCCGGAGAGUCACCUGUCCAGCUGCGUCGAGUUCAUCCAUGAGUUUAAUCGGCAACACAGCGAGAAGCAGAAAGACGGAACUUUACUCCGUUCCACGCGGAGCUCUCCCAGCACUAACACUAACAUCAAUGCCCGCAAACAGAUCAACAGGCCUCAGCAGCCGUCAGCGAAUCCUACCACAGCGAAGACUUCUCCACAGACCUCAAGCACACCCUCUACAAAACGGCUUCAGCCAGCACAACACUCGCCAAACGACAGCGACGCACAGCAGCAGAAGAACAAGCGUUCGGCUGGCGUGAGUAGCGCGGGCAGCGGCACUUCCGUCACGGGUACAGUCGCUGACACGGUCCCUACGGCAGCGCCAACAGCUGCACCCACUAUGAGCGCACUGCGCCGUAGUAUGGACCUAACAAAAUCUGGCAUCAAAAUCCUAGUGCCAAAGAGCCCGAUGAACAGCCGCACUGAUACCGAGGAGUCUCCCAGCGAGGCAGCACACAGUCUGGAGCAGGAAGGCCAAGAGCCUGAUGCUGUGCCCCCUGAAGUGGCCUUGCUGGAGAAACCCACCGGAGCUGUGCGUGUACCAGGAGAGGAGCGAGCUCGUAUGGGCACGAGGCCCAGGACACAAACGGCCCUUCCGCCACCACAGAUUCCCAUUACCCCAGCUGCUGUCCGCACAUUAAACGGGAAAGGAGUGACAACCUUAAUGGAAGCCUCUUCGGCAAACGGAACGGCCAUUACACAGAGUGGUGCGGCAGGAGGGAUGGGCAGUUCAGGGUUGACAGCCAAAAGGCGCUUUGGGGACAGUGCGACUUUCGAUAAACGCCUGCGCUACAGUGUUCGUCAAACUGAGAGUGCUUACCGCUACAGGGACAUUGUAGUUAAGAAACAAGAUGGCUUUACACAUAUUCUAUUUUCUACAAAGACCUCAGAGAACAACUCACUGAAUCCUGAUGUAAUGAAGGAGGUUCAGAGUGCCAUGGCCACAGCUGCAGCUGAUGACAGUAAACUUGUUCUACUGAGCGCCGUGGGAAACGUCUUCUGCUUUGGCCUCGACUUCAUCUACUUUAUUAGGCGGCUCACAGAUGAUAGGAAAAAAGAAAGUAUCAAAAUGGCAGAGACAAUCAGGACUUUCGUCAACACAUUCAUCCAGUUCAAGAAGCCCAUCAUUGCCGCCGUAAAUGGGCCUGCUAUUGGGCUUGGAGCGUCUAUCUUGCCCCUGUGUGAUGUAAUCUGGGCCAAUGAGAAAGCUUGGUUCCAGACUCCUUACACAAUCUUUGGCCAAACUCCAGACGCCUGCUCCUCUGUAACAUUCCCUCUCAUCAUGGGAGUAGCUUCGGCCAAUGAAAUGCUCCUGAGCGGAAGGAAGUUGACUGCUCAGGAAGCUUGUGCCAAAGGACUCGUGUCCCAGGUUCUGUGGCCAGGGACCUUCCCACAGGAAGUCAUGGUUCGCAUUAAGGAGCUAGUAUCUUGUAAUUCAGUUGUUCUGCGCGAGUCCAAAGCACUGGUGAGGAACAUUAACCGGGCCGCCCUGGAGCAGGCCAACGAGAGGGAAUGUGAGGCACUUAAGAGGGUCUGGGGCUCUCCUCAGGGCAUGGACUCCAUACUCAAAUAUCUCCAGAAGAAAAUAGAUGAAUUCUAAAUCGAUUAAAUGUCCUACGGGUAUCAAAAAACCUCCAUCCUCAAGUGCCUGAUGUUAUGUAGACGAGGUUUGUCAUUUUUAUUAGGGUUUUGAUGGAACUCCCCAUCAGUGGAGGACUGGCGUGGUCUAACCCGCAACUUCAUCUUCGUCCAGGACGUAUUUCCUUUUCAUCUGACUGCAGAAAGCAGCAUCUCAUUCUGCUACACUUGAUAAUGACUUUACUGCAAAGUUUGUGAUGAAUCUUGCACAUCUUUCUCUAGGCACUGUGGCGAAGGACAAAAUGCCUCGAUGCAUGCAAAUUCCUUUCAUCCUUCAGCUCAAUCUCUGUUUUAUCUGGACUAAAGUCCUGCAUUGCUUCGUCAUAGAGGUAAUAUGGUUUGGGAUAUUUUUCGACAGGCCUCCUAUGCAGACUGAUUGAGAAAAGAUGAGUAAUGUCGGUGUAAUUUAAGAUUUAUGAGACUUGAAUGAGUUGAAUUUUGCACUCGUCUCAGUUUGGUUACCCCUAAACAAACAGAUUGCCAUUUUAAUCAAGACUUUAUAGUCAGUAGCAGGCUUUUUUUUUUUUUUAGUUGGUACUUUUAUUACAUCAAUUCGAAGACAUCUCAAGCCUUGUUCACCCUGAAUAUUCAGGCAUUUACAUCGGUCAGCCCUUUGUAGUCAUUUUGAUGAGAUCAGACAUUGACGGCAAUGAAAAUGACACCAGUGCUUAGGGAUUUAGCAUCAGUUCUUUUCUUGACUUGAAAGCUACUAAUGCAUUAAAGUGAACAAAAUGAAUACUUAAGGCGCUGGCUUAGUAGGAAUUAACAUUUAUUUGUAUCAAAGUUAACAGUUGUAUGUUUUGCUGGCUUCAUUUUAAAAGUAUUCAGCUUAACUAUAGUUUUGUUUGUAUGUUCUCGGGCAUACAAACUGUUUGCUUUGGAGUAACAUUAUACCACCAAAUAAUUUUGAUGUAAAUGUUGACAAUAUUUCUAAUUUAAUAACUUAUGACAUUAUGAAAAUGAAUGGGGGAUGUUCCUCAUGAGUCAAUAAAGGGUGCUGGCGAUUUAAAUCUGCAUCCUUUUUUUCUGCUGGUUCAAACAGACUGGACUGCUGUAUCAUCAGACGAGCCCUGGAGAUUAAACAACCGUCUCUAAGGGAAGAUCCUACUGAAAUCCAUCACAAACAUAUGUAGUCACUAGCUAGUAUGCACUAUUAUUAAAUGGAAUGGCUAUCUUUCAGUUUUGUUUUGUUUUUGUGGGUGGGAAUGGGGUAGGUUUAGGAAAAUGGGUUGUGAAAAGGUCCACGUAAAUUGCUUAAUAUGACUUUGUAGAAAUAUUUUAUUCCCCAGUUCUAAAGUUCUACCUCUCAAAACCCAUAAUAUGAUUUUUAGCAAUGAAGCGUCUGGUUUAAAUCUUACUCGUUUUACAUCAUGUUUCUGGUACAGUUAUCUAUGCACUAUUUCAUGUUCUGCUCCAAAGUUUUUGCUUUAAAUUGGUCUGACUCGAUACUUUACAGGUAAGCAAAAUUCAAUUCAGUAAUUAAUCAGCUCAGCCCCAGCAAUAAAAUGUGUAAAUUAUAUAUGUUGUUAAUUCUAUUCAGUAUUUAUUGACCAUAGAUAGACUUUGCUGCAGUGGUUCCAUAACUUGGAAUAACAGAUGGUUGUGUACGUUUUACCCUUUCCAAAUUAUUUUGUAAAAUUGAUUCAUGUUUAUGGAAUUAUAUUUAUGAUUGUGAAAAUAGAAUUGUUUUCAUUCUUACUCUUAUACUUAUUGAAUGCUUUUGUUCAGUUAUUUGAGUUACUUUUUUAAAACAAUGUGGCAGGUUAUAUUUUAUUAUGAAGUGCAGUGUGACAUUAAUUAUGUCUUCUACAUUUUAACUUGUAUGUGAUGUUAUGUAAACUCUGGUGAAAUAUUAGUUUGAUCUGUGAUAAUUCAGUAUCUGUUAAUAACCUGAAAAAAUACACAAUUAAAUUUAGAAAUAGUCAAACACCAGGAACUCAUUUACAUUUUGAAUUCUGUACCCAGGGUGUCGCAGUUUGAUGUAAAACAUUGCGGACUAUACCUGAGGGGAAAAAUUGCUUUGUUCCAGUCACUUCACUGACAAAAUUAUAUAUAUUAUCCUCAU